AUGACUGCUUCGGCACAUCGACCUGGGGUUCUCGCCCGGGUUAAUGAAUGGAAUUUUGAUAUCGAUCAAUACUUGAACCUAAUAAUUCCGGCUCCCCGAUGGCACUUGGUACCUCGACCCAUCGCGCAUUUUCUAGGGUAUCGAGAUAAAGCACCCAGCCCACGAGGGAACAUCGUCAUUGCCUUUUGGGGCAUGGUGGGUGCAUUCUGCGGUGUGGCUCUGGUAGCUUCCGUUUCUGAGCGUGUGCCUUCUUUCGAGGCUCGUGAUGCCCCAGCUAUUAUUGGCAGUUUUGGCGCAGCAUCUGUGCUACAAUUCGGAGCCAUCGACUCGCCGCUUUCCCAACCACGAAAUGCUUUCUUUAGUCAGAUGAUCGCUUGUUUGGUCGGUGUCGGGAUCUCGAAGCUUUUCGCCUUGAACCCCAAUGCGGAGAAUUAUACUUCCCUUGGAGGCGCUUUGUCUUGUGGAGUGACGACUUUGAUUAUGUAUCUCACUAAUACUGUACACCCGCCGGCGGGUGCGACUGCUCUUCUCGCUGUCACAAAUUCUCAAACCGUUGGGCUGGGCUGGUUCCUUUUCCCCGUCAUGAUUCUGGGGAUCACUUUGAUGCAGACGACGGCUCUGAUCAUUAAUAAUAUCCAACGACGAUAUCCUCUUUAUUGGUGGACACCACGGUCGCUUUCACGGUCGCAACGAGCUGAUAUCGAGAGGUACGGUCAAGAACGCGAGAAGGAAAGGCCUGACUUUCCUAGCCAUUCGGAAGACAGUUUGGAUGAACCUCGACAGCUUGUGGUGGGACGGGGAGGCAUACUGGUUCCUGCUGGUGUUUACUUAACUGCACAUGAGCGCACAUUCCUGGAGAAGAUUCAAGAGCGUAUAUAA